CUUUUAUGAAUGAUUUUAUCAUUCAAUUGGUGAUUAAUUAAUUUAUCGAACUAUUUUCAAUUAACGAAAUGUGAUAAAGUUGUUGGUUAUACCGUGCCGAAGCUAUUAGAGUUCUAGUAAUGGUUUCAUUGUAGUUAUGGAAAAUGUUAUUUAUAAGAGGUAGAUAUCUUCUCCCAGCAUCUCAACCAAAUGGACACUCAUUAUGAAUCAACUUAUUUGUAAAUACAAAUAAAUUCGCCCGCUAAUCGGGAAAAUUUAUAAUUAUCAUCAAGGAAACUAAAAAUACAUCCGGUUAACUGGCACAUUAUAACAAAAUUUUUACCUACAUCUUUUGAUACCGUUAGUAUUAAAUGCAAUGUUUUUAAAAAUACAUGUAUUUUUGGCAGUUAUAAUAUUGUUAGUGCAAUCGGUUUUAAGUGAAGUUAAAUUAAAUCAUGAAACAAGAGAUUGUGAACGAUGGUGCAGACGGACACCGUGCAUAAGAAAAUGUUGCCCGGAGCAUCAAGUUUUGAUAAAGAAAAGAUGUACUACUUCAUCUGCUUAUGAAUUUUCUUUCAAAAGUUACGAUGGAUUGCAGGAAAUUACUAAUGUGACUGUUAGAUACAACGUCAUUCAUAGAAAUUCUUGCAAAACGGAUGAAAGGUUAAAACUUAAUCCUCAGUUUGAUGACGUUGAUCUGUUUUAUGUUCAAAGAAAUGGAACCUUGUUAAAGCCCUAUGAUGAGAUUAUGCCGAGGAUUUCCUAUCAGUUUUAUUGCUUGGAAAACUUUGUUUUUACUGACAGAGUGGAGUUGUCUGCUAUGGUUUGCUAUAACGAUGGAGAUUUAGAAGCCAAGACUGAUAAACAGAAUGCAUGCAGUGGAAAUAAUAUCCGAUUAAACAGUCUCCCAGCACAAAUGCACGGUGUCGACAUGUAUUCGAAAUUGUUAAGCAUCUUCAUUUUGUGUUUCACUACAUUUUUAAGCAAUUUCGUGACUGGUCAAACAUGUCAGAAAUUUUUAACAAUAAAUAUUACGGACGGCGUUCGAGAGAAUAACGGAAUUAACAAAGAUGGGAUAUAUUAUGACGCUAAAGAUUAUUUUAAAUCCGGUAACGAUACGUUAGGGUGUGUUUGCAAUAUUCGAAAAUGUGCAAGAAAGUGUUGUGAACAAGAUGAAUUUAUGAUUAGUAACAAGUGUGUCAAGAAACUGAAUAAUACGACAAUUAAUUUUAUAACUUACGACUACACAACAAAAAUUUCAACUUCAACAAAUAGUGAUUUUUUUAUGGUAUAUGGGAAAGAUUGUCCUGAAAAAUUUAGUCUUUUUCAAGCUUAUGAACCAGUGUAUUUACAAAACACCGGAUUGUUAUUUUAUGCAGAAGAUGAUUAUUCUGAAUUAUACAGUAUCGAAAAAUACUGUAUUGAUGAUAUUGAUGGACAAAUUUCGGCUUUAUUAUGCGAGAAAGCAACCCAGCAGGAAAAGGAUUUAAUAAUAAAAGGAAAUGAACCUUCAAAUGAUAAUGUAAAUGAUUUUGUUAUUAUAUUUGGAAGUCAGUGUCCUGGCAGGCAUUAUUAUUUAAUAACACCGGAUUCUAGCGAUGAUAUUUUUUUACAAGAAAAUGGAUCGUUGAUAAACAAGGCUUGGGAAACCAUUUAUAGCGUUGAUAAAUAUUGUGUUGAUCUUUUUAAUAAUGAAAUGUCUGCUCUUAUUUGCGAAAGUGACGAAUUUGAAGAAGAUGCAGUAAAAUUAAAAAUUAAUGGAAGUGAUAUUCCAAUAUGCUCAAAACAAAUAAAUUUCACGGGCUACUUUUGUUUUAUCAACAGCAUCACAUUUGUGAAGUAUAAUCUAGUUAAAUUUAGAUAUUGUAUAGGUUUUGGUACAUUUCAAACUAAAUUACCUGCCAAUGUUAAUGUGGAAAGUGAUAUGAAUAAAACAGAAAAUUUAGAAGAAAUUAAAGUAUUACGGAAUUGUGUUUCGGAAAAUUGUGACUUUAAUAAAAAUUUACAACCAUGCUGUGACGAUAAUUAUAAUUGUUUAAAUAUUUUUUACAACAACUUCACAAAAUUAUUUAAACCCACAGAAUACUGCAAAGAGAUAUUGAUGAUAUACAAAAAACAUGACAUUGAACUGAUAGCAGAAGAAGUAAUUAUAAAACAUAAAAAUAAUUCUUAUAAAUUUGACGAAAUAUGUAAGAUUCAUUUACCAGAAGACAUCCAUGACGAAGAACUCAAUAUAUUGUGUAUAAAAACCAGUGAUAAAACAAUUAAUUCAAGUUUAAUUGAAGAUAUAGAUUUUGAAAAUUUUACAGAUUUGGUCAUUCGAAAGUGCUGCGAAAGUGAUGAAGUGAUGAAGGGAAAAACUUGUGAAAGAUCUAAAAAUAUAUCGAAACUUUUUUAUUCAACAUUAAGAAGUAGAACUGAUAUUGAUAAUUUUGUUUACCAAAAGUUACAGUGCGGUGAAAAUAACGAACGGACUAUAAUUGACGAGUUUGAAAUUUCGAAUAAUGGGUCUAUUUAUUGGGUACAAGUUGAUGAGUUUAAAGAGCUAGAUUCGUACUGUCUUGAAUUGAUUACCGAUAGGAAGGGUGACUAUGUAUUUCAAGCAUUGAUUUGCGUUUCUGAAAAUGAAGUGUUAGACAUUUCUGAUGUACCUAUAGCAGUGGCAGUGGAAACUAAGUGUCCAGAAAUUUUAAGUGUCGAUAUCACUGACGGUGAAGCGAAUGGUUCAGACAUUAUUAAAAAUCAAAUACAAUACGAAAAAUCGAAUUAUUAUAAUAUCAGUGAUGGGACGAUAUACGGGUGCGUCUGUAAUAUCAAAAUUUGUGUUCGAAAAUGUUGUAAGGAAGCUGAAUCGCUUCUUAACAACAUAUGUGUUCCCUCCAAUAAUUCCAUAUCAGAUUUCAUGUUAUAUAACUUAAAAAAAAUUGAUAAACGAAAAGCAAAAAAAUUGUAUUAUAUUCAUGAUAAUUCGUGUGAGCCAACGUUCUUAAAGAUUCUUCUAGAAGGUGAAUUUUAUCUUCAAUCGAACGGAUCUUUAUAUGGUUUAGAUUUAUAUAUGGAAAACUAUGUUAUGUAUCCUCCUACUAAUUACUGUUUGGAUUAUGAUGUUGGUGAUCAAACUCAGUCAGCGUAUAUUUGUGUACCUGAUGAAGACGAAGAUAUAUCUGCUGUUACUAGAACAAGUGUUCGUUACUACGUAGAACUAUUUUAG